CAGCAAUUGAAACAAGACAGUAAUUUCCAAGCGCACAAAACCAGCGUUUCUUCCGUCAACGACCAUCAUCUUAUAACCAAAAUUGGGUUUUUCUCCGGGUCCUUAGGUAACAUGACCCCUACAUUGUCUAAGACGCUCUCUUAUUUGUAAAAAGUCGGUGAACGAUAGCUAACUCAUAAAUAGAUUUUGUGCGAUUCCCAUGGUAUCAUUGAGACAUAACAUGCACAAAGCAGAAGGGUAGAAGGAAAUAUCAAUGUUGAGGUAUCACACUAUCCAUAACCUACUUCAAACUAAUAAGCUACUUCUAGAGUUUAGUGCAACACUGAAAAUGAAGCGACAUAAUCUCAUCAAUGGAUACGAAGAAGUACUCAAGGGAACAAAUGUCCUAUUGAGUUAGUUUAUAAAGGUUGCCUCUUCUGACUACUUUCUGCUCUGAAAUUGAUGCCACACAGUUGUCUAACAUCUCUUAGUGCAUUUCGGCUCGCUGAUUAGAGUCAAUGAGACCUCCUGAGACACUAUCAUGUAUGGUAAAGUAAGAGCUUGUCCCCCUCCUACCAGAAAAGACCUACAUAACAAAUCAGAAGGCCAUCAAAUUGAAUAACUGUCUCAGGAAAGUAACGUAUUUUGUUCAUUCUGCACUUAAAUUUAUCACAAGUCAACUCCAUAUCAUACGUUAAAAUAUAGACUGUUGGAAUGCCUGAUUCGAUCUUGAUCGAAUGCUAAUGUUAAAGGUGCAAAAAUCAUUACACAUGAUCAUUAAACUAGUUGUCUGAGUCCUAAAACCGAACGACAAUUAUACGGACGACUGGGGACACACUAAUUAUACUGUGGUCCUUUAAUAAAAUAAAACUGCUUUAAUACAGAAGACAACUAGGAGCAACAUGAUUCAACACAAUCUACCAGACAAUAAAGGAUUAAUCAAAGGUAAAAACAUUAUAAGAAAGUCAAACAGUUGUGACUACUGAAUGUGAGGCUAGCUGCCUGUAGUUAUGAAAGAGACUAAAUUCACGAUAUUUAAAAACUCACUUGAAGAAGCACAUAUUUAAAGGCACUUAGUGGAUUCAAAUUAUUGCUCUUCAUGAGCUGGUUCAUCUUCUCAGAAGUACGCAUCACUGCAAAUUACAAAACAUUGUUAUACAUUGUCGCAUUAUACAGCACAUGAUAACAUUAAGUAGCAUCUACUGCAAAUCUGACAAAAAGUAGAGGUGUUUACAAUCAUUUUUGUACAGCCAAGAUGAUGUUGUUUACUUGACAAACAGACAACUAUUUCAUUGGUUUUCGUCAUGUAGACGUUCACAUGUUAAAACCCAGUACUACGACGUCUUUUACAUAUCUUUUGACUCAAAGGUCGAAUGGGACAAUAACUGUUGGCUUUUGUUUGUAAAUGGUGGUCGUGUUAUACUAAUAGUGAAGUGGGCUAGUUUUAGAGUGGAGAAUUAUAGUGUAUAUUUAGUAAUCAUCAGCUUAAAACUUGCAUGUAAACCUGCAACUCUUGCAUUUUCUUCUACUCUUUAUAAUUUAAUUGUGUGAAUAUUGCAGCUUGUUUUUCUCCCCUUUCGUGCUUUAGGUCGCUUUUCAUCGUUUUCUUUAAUGGUAAUUCGUCUCCGAUCAUCAGUUUUCUGUUAGCAACAUUUAUAAAUCACAAGGACAUGAUUCGGCUCAGUAGAAUAACGAAAAUGUUUUCAGAAACAGUCUUCAUUCAGAAGACAAGUUCUGUUCCUUCGAUAACAAGAAAACUUUCUACUAACAUUUGCCUAUCAGCUCCUUCUGAUUGUGCCCUUCCUGAGCCUCCGUUGCCACCUAACAAAGAAGCCAUUUUGAAUACUUUGGGUGAACCAACUCUUUCCUCUCUGGGUUUGAAUAGCUAUUGGCCUUCGGGUUGGUAUCAAUGCUUGUUGGAGACUCUACAUGUGAACCUAGAUUUACCAUGGUGGGGCGCUAUUGCGGCUUGUAAGUUGCAAUUUGUAGUUUUUAUCUUUUGAGUAAGUAGUAUGUUCAUGAUCAUCCAUUUAAAAUAAUAAAUCCAAAAACCUUUGCUGCAUGAACUAAUCACAUUUGUGAGAUAAUUGUGGAAGAAAUUGCGUGUUGCAAAACAAAAAUAUUUUCUGUCAUAGCAAGUAAACUGUAUCUUGAAGCAUAUGACAAUUGUAAUACUGUGCCAACAAUGGAUCUCAGUGCUUCAUGUGUUAGGUUUACUAAAUUUGACGUAAGAAUCACCUGCUACUAAGUGUUCAUAGUUUGGGAGAGAUUCAACACAGCCAGUAUCUUUUGUCGACAUCAAGGUAGAGGACCAUUAUUGAUUUCAUUACCAUAGUUAGUUAUUCAGUUGUUAUAACAACAUAUUUUCCCCAUCAUUUACUCAAUACUGUUGGGACCUACCAAUUCCCAUGCUUUGAGUGUACCACAAACUUCUUUACAUAAAUCAUUAGUUGGUUUAAAGUUUAAUGAGGAUAUACGUGUUACGUUGUUUUAUCUCUUUUCUAGCAACUGUUUUAAUUCGUUUAUGUGUGUUUCCUGUCAUGGUGCGUCAACGACGUCAUUUGGCUGAAUAUACAAAUGUGAUGCCUCAAGUCGCUAUCCUACAGGAAAGUUUGACACGUGCUAGACUCUCUGGAAACUAUAUUGAAAUGAUGCGUACUUCUGAGAAGAUGAACCAGCUCAUGAAGAGCAAUAAUUUGAAUCCACUAAGUGCCUUUAAAUAUGUGCUUCUUCAAGCCCCAAUUUCCCUUUCCGUUUUCACAGGAAUUCGAGGUUUGGUGAACCUCCCAGUAACUAGCUUGCAGACUGGUGGUACUGCUUGGUUUACUGACUUAACAGCAUCCGAUCCCUAUUGCAUCCUACCAUUUCUCUCCAUGAGUUUACUCAUGCUGACAUUUGAGGUAAAAGUAUCAUUAUACUUCACUUUUCAUCUUUCUAAAUAUUUCUUUUUUUUGACCUGACGAACACGAUUUACAUCGAACCAGAAAUGGAGAAAAAAUUAUAAAAUAAUAUAAGACGGUUCAUGAAUCCGUUGUAUUGUUUCUUUAGGAAGCUGAUUUAUUGACUGACAAGUAGAACAAGUAAAUUGGUCAAACAUAUAAUUUGUCUUUCAGUUACUGGACAUGUUGUUAAACUAUGCUAAAUCAAUCGAUCUUACAUGACUGUUUCUUGUAAUCAACUUAUGUGAUCUGUAAACCACUGAUCAUAGCAUAUUACCAAUUAAUGAAGUUGAAUUUUCAUCUUUAACUCAUGACUUUCAACCUCCGUAAAGCGGUUUAUACCGAAGACGAUUCUAAAAAUCACUUGAUAAACGUUUUGCUUUCAUAAUGCCAUGAAAAAGUUUUUGUAAAUCAAUUGAAGUGAUAAGAGGUGGCUUAUUGACACCUUACGAGAACCAAAUUAAUAACAUCCAAAAUGGUGAAAUUCAAUAGAGCGAACGGCUAACUAGAGUAAGUCGAUAUAACUUAAAGGCAUUUUGGAGAUCGGUAAUUAUUCAAUUGCAUUUAAUACUCUAAUUAUCAAGUAUAUAUUUUCAAUCGCUAACUUGCUAUGUAAACACUAAGACGGUAGUCUAAUUUUAUGGACAAAGUAUUUAUUUAUUCUCGGGUCAAAUACCCAUAGAAAAAUACAUUUUGGGUACUGACUUACUAGUCAAUGAACAAAAGACUGGCGCUGAACUACGUUCGAGUCAGGCACAACCUGCUAUGCGUGUUCUUUCAAAAGGGUUACCGGUUGUUGGUUUCUUUUUCGUAAUGAACAUGCCAUCGGCUUUGGUAUGGUAUUGGACUGUUAGCAACAUAGUUUCUCUUUUACAAUCAAUAAUUCUACGUCAACCGUUAAUUCGUUCUUAUUUAAACCUCCCAUCUGUUCAAAAACCUCCUUCAGUGAUCGAAAAGAAACGUGGUUUUAUCGCAGGAUUCAAAGAAACGUUAACUAAUUCACGCUUGUUAGCGGAGUUGGAUUCAAGAGAACGAAUAGAUGCGAAAGCUUGGCAGAAAUCUGGUCAUAAGGCUCCUCCUGUUACAUUUAUUUCUGACCCGACCAAGCUUACAUCAAACCACGAGAAAAAAUUUUCUUCUGACAAAACAACUGAUAACGGAUCACGAGUGCAGUUAAAAAUCAAACAAACCCUCGGCAAUCGGUAAUAUUUCCAAGCUUACAAAAACAGUUUGUGUGUUUUCUUCUUUAUGACAAAAAAUAUUUCCUGGAUUUGUAUAGUCAUUUCAAAAGGAAAUAAUAGAUGAUUUUACAUUGA